AGGGGUCACGUGAGCGAUCCGCCUUUGAUCGCUUUUGCAGCGCUUUGCAAAAAAAAAAAAACCCACCUUCCUCGCCUGCCUUGCCCUUAAUUCGCAGGACGCGGAGCUGCCAUGACAGCGGCGGGGAAGGGGGUGUCGCCCCCUUACCUGCCCCCGGGGCUUGCCGGCGAAAGCAGCGUGAACAGGGCCAGUUUUCUGGGGCCUCGCAUACCCCCCCAGGUGGAAGCCAUGGCGAAGAGUCUGCAAGAGCUAGAAAAGGAGAUUUUCCGGAAACUCCUAAAAGCCACCGUCAGCGCCUUGGAAGGAAAGGAGUGCCAGGCCUCGGUAAAGAUGGUUGCCGAAAGUGCCAAUCUGUCAGAUGGGCAGUUGGCGGUCCUCCUAUCUGGCAUGUACGCUCUGCUCCGCGAAGCUUUGAGGCUCCCUCCAUCUUCUCUCAAGCAAGAAGUAUUUAAAGAAGAUUUGAAAUCGCUCAGGAUACCAGAGGAGUUCAUAGCUGAUUUUGCAACGGUGGUCUUCGGGAACAGACGCCCCCUUCUUGAAGCUGCUCUCCAGAAACAGGGGAACCGGCUGCCCGGAAUCGACGACUUCAAGUGGAGAGUUGAUGUCACCAUUUCAACCAGCUCUCUGGCCCGUGCUCUGCAGCCCUCCAUCCUAAUGCAGCUGAAGCUCUCUGAUGGAUCCGCUCAUCGCUUUGAAGUCCCAGUGGCCAAAUUCCAAGAAUUAAGGUACAACAUUGCUCUCAUCUUAAAGGAGAUGAACGACUUGGAGAAAAGAAGCAUUUUGAAGAUACAGGACUGAGCGUUUAAGAAAAAAAAAAAGUUUUCAACAUAGGAAGAGUUGCACUCAGCGGCACAGAAAACACAAGGACACCUUUUUGUGAUUACGUGUGUGGUUAUACAAUCUUACAGAAGCUG